UUUAUUUUUGUACAACGAUUCAUUCGCCUAUUCAUGUAAAUGUCACUUAUUUUCCAAAAAGUGAUAUGCAGGAUUUUUUCGACAACGACAUGCGUUGCUGGGCAAGAUCGUCGUUAUCGCGCGGUUGGCCGCAAAGGUUGGCAACGCAACCUUGUCCCACGUUCAGCUCUUCAUUUACCCCGUCCCGAAAUGGAGGACGGCGGUGAUGAUCUGCAGAAAACGGAACUUUUAAGGACAUUAGAAAAUUUCAAAUGGCUCGGGAACAAAGCUCCCUGCUUCCCUGUGAAUGGAAAUAAGAUUCAUGUUUUGUCCGGUCCAGAUAGUUUCUACAAAACACUUAUUGAAAAAACUAGUCAAGCAAAGCAGAGAAUCACAUUAGCAUCUCUGUACCUUGGAACAGGAGAUCAUGAACAUGAGCUUGUCAAAACAAUUGAAAGUACCUUGAAAAGGAACCCUGAUUCUAACCUUAAAAUUCGUGUUUUAUUGGAUGCAACAAGAGGAUCUAGGGGAGCUCAACAAAAUUCUCGUACUAUGCUGCUGCCGUUACUGCAAUCACACAGCCAACAGUGUUCAGUCCAUUUUUAUCAUACUCCAGCUCUGAGAGGAAUACUAAAGAAAAUUCUUCCAGAAAGGUGGAAUGAAGUUGUUGGUCUGCAACACAUGAAAGUUUAUAUAUUUGAUGAUUCCCUGCUUAUUAGUGGCGCAAAUUUAAGCCACGAUUACUUCACGAAUCGACAAGAUCGAUACCUCGUUGUGGAAGACUCCAAAGAGUUAGUGGAUUUCUUUGACAAACUUGUAGAAACUGUCUGCCAAUUUUCGUUCCAGUUGAAUGAAAACAAUCACCUCAACUUGAAUUCAGAUUUUCCUCAUCACCCAAGUGAUUCCAAUCAGCAUGAAUUUACACAAGAAGCAAAACGGAGAAUUGAGAACUUAUUUGAAAAGCAACCGAAAGCGUCCUCCUCGGUAUUGCAGUGGCCGAACCCCUACUCAUAUGACACCUGGAUCUUUCCGUUUGUCCAAAUGGGGCAAUUAAACAUUUAUAUGGAUAACAUCCUAACUCGUGAGAUUCUGGAAAAGGUGCCAAAGAAUGCCGAAUUAUGUUUAGCUACUGGCUACUUUAACCUUACCCAGGAAUACAUGGAGAGCUUGCUGGAACACUCUUCGCCAAAUAUUCAUAUUUUAAUGGCACAUCCGCUGGCCAAUGGAUUUUUCGGGGCCAAAGGUUUUGCAGGUGGAAUCCCGUCGGGUUAUACGUUACUGGCCUACCAAUUUUAUCGGCGUGUGAUAGAUAAAGCGCUGGAAACUCGUAUCCGAUUGUGGGAAUAUCGACGGCAAAAUUGGACCUUUCACGCCAAAGGGUUAUGGAUAUCUUUUGGUCGAGAAGAUCCUCGACCCUCUUUUACUCUAGUAGGAUCUCCCAAUUUUGGAUAUCGUUCCGUUUACCGAGACUUGGAAGCGCAGCUGGCAGUAGUGACCAUCAAUUCUAGCCUUCGUGAUCAGCUACAUCAAGAGCGAAAGAAUCUUUUCCAACAAGCGGAGCUAGUCAGUGCCACCACUUUCGAUCAGCCAGAAAGAAAGAUACCUCUUUGGGUUCGCGUCGUCAUCAAAGUGUUUCGUCGAUUCUUUUAGUCGAGAAACAACAACAAAGUAAUCAUGAUAUGUUGUUGUGUUGCACUCUGCACCGGUGAUCCGAUCCAUGUGCCACCACUUCCAAGUUUUUGCCUUUCUAUGCAAUACCAUCAAGUGGAAAUAGAAAUGAAAUCGUAUUUA